AUGAAAAAGCAUACGCAAGACCAGACGCAUCAACAAACCUCGACAACCUUCUCUGACUCGAAGGGGCCCGAGUAUGGGAAGCGUCUGGUUAUCCAUGUUCUUGAUCAGUAUGCUCAAAAUGAACCGGACAGGCCUUACGCCUAUCUCCCUCUUUCCAGCGACCCGAAAGACGGAUGGGAAGUGGUCACGUUCAAGCAGCUUGCCAACGCCGUCAACUUUGUAGGCCAUGAACUGGUUCGGGGACUCGCCGACCACGGAAAUCAAAGUGAGGACUUCCCCACGGUUGCGUACAUCGGCCCUGGAGAUAUUCGCUACGUCGUAUUCAUGCUGGCCUGUAUCAAAGCCCGACGCAAGGCUUUCUUCCCGUCGUCUCGGAAUAGCCUCGAGGGCCAAAUAUCUCUCCUCAAAGCAACCAAUUGCAGCACUAUAUACUUUGCCGAGGGCUAUUCGGAGACAAUUCUACCGUGGUUGGAAAGCCACCCAAUGCGCAUUGUUCAAGCCGCGGCCCCCCAAGUCUGGCUUGAGUCGGAAACCGUUUCACUGCCCUACCAUCGGUCGUACGAGGACGGUAGAUGGGAUCCCCAGGUGGUACUGCAUACCAGCGGCAGCACCGGGAUCCCAAAGCCUGUUGUCGUGCGGCAAGGGAGUUUCGCUGUUUUUGAUGACCUCCGAAACGGUCCUGAAUUCCACGGCACUCUUAGUUCUUUGGUUCACUUAUGCAUGGCCGAGAAGAUUUAUGUUCCGGUGCCUCAGUUCCACGUCGCCGGUGUUGCUCUGGCGAUAAACGCGGGCAUCUUUUACGGCAGGCCAUUGGUGUACGGCGUUCCAGAUAGACCAUUGAGUGCCGAUCUGGCGACCCGAAGCUUGGUACACUCUGGUGCGGAUGUGGCAUUUCUCCCGCCGUCUAUUCUGGAAGAAAUGAGCCGGACGGAGGCGGGCAUUUCUGCCUUGGCCAGCCUUGACAUUGUGGCAUUCGGUGGAGGUAAUCUUACCCCAGCGGUUGGGGACAUGCUCGUUGAGAGUGGUGUUGUUUUGAGCAACUUGAUCGCCGCCACCGAAUGCCUCCCAUAUACGAUCCAUUUCCAAUCCAACCUCAAGCUGUGGCAGUACUUUAUUAUACAUGAAAAAGACAUGGGCGCCGAGUUCAGGCCAGUCGAGUGGAAUCCUGAAGCUUACGAAAUGGUUCUCUGCAAUGACGACGCAAAGAAUCCCGGACGCAAGGCGUUCUUUUGCAACUUCCCCGAAAAGACCGAGUGGCGGACCGGCGAUCUUUAUGAGCCACAUCCAACGCUGCCCAACCAUUGGAAAUAUAUUGGAAGAGCCGACAAUAUUAUCGUAUUUUCCAACGGCGAGAAGUUAAACCCAGUUACUAUAGAGGACGCGGUCCAAGGCCACAAGGCUGUCAAGGGAGCCAUCGUGGUCGGGCAUCAAAGAUUCCAGCCUGCACUCAUUGUAGAACCAAUCGAGACUCCCGCGGACAAUGUGGCAGCAGAAGCUCUCCUCCAAGACGUGUGGUCCCUUGUCCAGGAAGUAAAUAAAGCCACCGUGGCCCAUGGGCGCGUUUCUCGCGACAUGAUUGUACUUUCGGAUCCGGCUAUCCCAUUCUCGCGAGCGCCAAAGGGAACUAUUCAACGAAACUCGACCACAAGAGCCUAUGUGAAGUUUAUUGACGAACUAUAUCAAAAAGUCGAAGAGGGCUCUUCUUCACAAGAUGCCGUCCAUUUGGACCUGACCAGCGAAAGCACCCUGGCCCAAUCGAUUGUGGACGUCUUGACGCACCAAUUUGGCAAUCCCAACGUCGGUUUAGACAGCGAUCUCUUCAGCGUAGGCGUGGACUCUCUCCAAGUUCUCCGACUAUCAAAGCUGCUUCGCCUCAGCUUCGGAGCCGCGGGCAUCUCUCUGGACCAGAAUACAAUCGCUCCACGAGUCAUCUAUGCAAACCCGACCCCGAGGGCCCUGGCCGCGAGGCUUUUCAAAAUUACCACCGGCAAGGAUUCGCAAAACGACGAACCCGUCGACGAGGUAGAAGCCCUAGCGGACAUGGUUUUGAAAUACACGGCCGAUCUUCCGCCACCAAAUUUGAAUCAGGCCCAGCCCGCCGACGACGCGCAAACAGUCUUGAUAACAGGGACGACGGGAUCACUGGGAGCCUAUAUUCUCGACCGGCUGAUUUCAAACCCGAGAGUUGGCAAGGUAUUCGCUCUGAACAGAGGCAACGACGGCGGCCAAUCGCGCCAACUGGCCUUCAACGCAGCCAGAGGCCUAACCGGGGACUUUUCCAAAGUCGAGUUCCUCGACGUCGAUUUGUCCCGGCAGGGCUGGGCCCUCGCUCCCGCCAAGUACGAGGAGCUUCUCGCCAACGCAGAUCGCAUCAUUCACAACGCGUGGCCCGUCAACUUUGUCAUCAGCGUGUCGUCGUUCGAGUCGCAUGUCCGGGGGGUGCGCCGCCUGGUCGAUUUCUGCAACGAGGCCGCCAAGCGCGUGCCCAUCGUGUUCGUCUCCAGCGUUAGUACCGCCGCUUGCUGGGCGGCAGACGAGCCCGUGCCGGAGCGUCAGCUACGAGACUUGGCUCUGGCGCAGAUGGGCUACGGCCGGUCCAAGCUGGCUGGCAGUCUGGUUCUAGAUGCCGCGGCGGAGAGAUCAGGGGUUCCGGCGGCGAGUAUUCGAGUGGGACAGAUUGGAGGCCCCCGGGGCGAAUUGGGCAUGUGGAAUAAACAGGAGUACAUACCUAGCUUGGUGGCCAGCUCGAUUUACCUGGGGAUGCUUCCUGAUACCAUCGGUCCGUCUGACGUUGACUGGAUUCCGGUGGAUGACGUUGCGGGACUCGUGGUGGAUGUUGGCGGCAUAUCUGGACAGAAGGCCGUGUGUGACAUUUCGGGAUACUUCCACGGGGUCAACCCGCAUAAGACGAGGUGGAAUGACGUAGCUCGGGUGCUGAAGGAGUUUUACCGUGACCGAAUUCGGGAGAUUGUUCCGCUGGAGAAUUGGGUCUCUGCGCUGGAACGGAGCGCAGAGAAGGAUGGCGCGGAGGAUAAUCCUGGGAUCAAGCUGCUUGAUACCUACCGAGGCAUGGUUGCUGCGAAUAGGGCUGGGAAUAGGCCGGUGAGUUUUGACAUGGGGAGGACCGUACAGCAUAGUGCUACGAUGAGGAAUUUGGGUCCUAUAACUGAGGAGCUGGUGAGGAAUUGGUGCAAACAGUGGAAGUAUUAG